AUGUCUCCCAUUGCGCUCGAAAAGGAAGACCAUUCUCGCGAUGCCGAGUUCAACAAGGCCAUGCACGGCAAGUCUGCAAAGGCUCGCGGUGGCAUGACUGCCAUGUUGCAAAAGGACAAGGCUGCCCAGCAAGCUGCUGUCGACGAGUACUUCAAGCAUUGGGACAACAAGGCCGCUGGCGACGAGACCGAGGAGACCCGCAAGGAACGACGAGAUGAAUACGCUACCCUCACAAGACACUACUACAACCUCGCAACCGACCUUUACGAGUACGGCUGGGGACAGUCUUUCCACUUCGCCCGCUACGCCUAUGGCGAGUCUUUCUACAAGGCCAUUGCACGCCACGAGCACUACCUUGCCCACAAGAUGAACCUCCAAGACAACAUGCGCGUAUUGGAUGUUGGCUGCGGUGUCGGUGGACCCGCUCGUGAGAUUGUCAAGUUCGCUGGUGUCAACGUCGUUGGAUUGAACAACAACGAUUACCAGAUUGAGCGUGCCACUGCCUACGCCGAGAAGGAGGGCCUCUCAGACAAGCUCAAGUUCACCAAGGGUGACUUCAUGCAAAUGUCUUUCCCCGACAACUCUUUCGAUGCCGUCUACGCCAUCGAGGCCACUGUCCACGCACCAUCGCUCGAGGGCAUCUACAGCGAAAUCUUCCGCGUUCUCAAGCCCGGCGGUGUCUUUGGUGUCUACGAGUGGCUCAUGACCGACAAGUACGACAACGACAACCCCCACCACCGCGAGAUCCGUCUUGGAAUUGAGAUCGGUGACGGUAUCUCCAACAUGGAGAAGAUUGAGGUUGCGCUCGAUGCUAUGAAGAAGGCCGGCUUCGUGAUGGAGCACAACGAGGAUCUGGCAGACAGGGACGACCCUUACCCGUGGUACUGGCCGCUCUCUGGCCAGCUGAAGUACAUCAGCACCAUUGGCGACAUCCCCACCAUUCUUCGCAUGACCAAGGUCGGACGUGGUCUCAUCCACAAGUUCGUCGGUGGUCUGGAGGUGAUCGGUCUCGCCCCCAAGGGUACCCAAAAGACUGCCGACAGUCUUGCCCUCGCAGCCGACUGCCUUGUUGCUGGUGGCAGGGAGAAGCUCUUCACACCCAUGUACCUUAUGGUCGGCAGGAAACCCGCCGACGCAUAA